AUGAAUAGCAAUGAACCCACGCGUGUGCAAACGCGCCUGACAAAGGAAAGUGGUCCAAAGGUGACAGGAUUAGCAAGUGAAACAAAGAUUGGUGGUACAUUUACAACAACACCUAAUCCGCCCUUUGUGACGGCACGUGUGGCUGUAUAUGAUCGUAUUAUGGCCGAGCAAAAGCAGCAAUUGGAGGCACUGGCGGCCAAAGAGACACUUAUUAAGAUUACGCUACCUGAUGGUGCCGUAAAGGAGGGAGUGGCUUGGAAAACGACACCUUUAGACGUGGCACUAGGAAUCUCACAGGGUCUGGCCGAUCAGGUCGUUGUCGCUCGCGUCACUUAUCGCGGCAAACCAGAGGACCCCUUCAGUGUUACGGCUGCAGACGUGGACGGCAAUGAGGCUAGUGAUAAUGCUCGUGAUACAUGCUGUGGUGCUGUGGCCGACAAGUCUGAGCUCUGGGACGUCUUCCGUCCCCUUAUUGGCGACUGUAGACUGGAGCUGCUUAAGUUUGACGACCAAGAGGGCCGCAUGGUCUUUUGGCAUUCGAGUGCUCACAUAUUGGAGAGUGAUCUGAGCGACAUUGAAAAGGCCUGUCAGAAGGUAGUGAAGGACAAGCAAAAAUUUGAGCGCAUUGUGCUUACCAAGGAGGAGGCACUUGAGAUGUUUGCUGACAACGUCUUCAAGACGCAGAUUAUCUCCACUAAGAUCCCGGACGGAGGCAAAACAACGGCUUACCGCUGCGGCCCGCUUAUUGACCUGUGUCGUGGUCCGCACGUACCUCACACGGGCAAAAUCAAAGCUCUGGCCGUCACACGCUCAUCGAGCUCGUACUGGCUGGGUAAAACCUGUAACGACACUUUGCAGCGUGUUUACGGUAUCUCGUUCCCAGAUAAGAACAAAAUGAAGGAGUGGAAGCAUCUUCAGGCCGAGGCCGCCAAGCGUGACCAUCGUCGUCUCGGUGUUAGCGAGGAGCUCUUUUUCUUCCACUCGUUGAGCCCUGGUAGUGGUUUCUGGCUGCCGCACGGUUCUGCCAUCUACUUCAAGCUGCUCAAGUUCAUUCGGGAGCAAUACCGCGAGCGUGGAUAUACUGAAGUGAUUACGCCCAACAUUUUUAACAUGGAGUUGUGGAACAUCUCGGGUCACGCUCAGCAUUAUAAGGACAACAUGUUUGUUUUCGAUGUGGAGGGACAAGAGUACGCGCUGAAGCCCAUGAACUGCCCAGCUGCUUCGCUGAUGUUCAACUUCCGUCAGCGCUCCUACCGUGAGCUGCCCAUCCGUUUCGCAGACUGCGGCGUGCUACAUCGGAAUGAGCUGAGUGGUGCCCUAACGGGCCUUACGCGUGUGCGUCGCUUUCAGCAGGAUGAUGCUCACAUUUUUUGUCGUGACGACCAGAUCCAGAAAGAAGUGCUGGAUUUUCUCACCUUUAUGAAGUACGUAUACGACGUGUUCGGCAUUGAGUUUAACCUGGAGCUGUCAACGCGUCCCGAGAAGGCUAUGGGCGAGUUAGAACAGUGGGAGCGUGCUGAGAAGCAGCUUGCUGCAGCUCUUGACGAGUUUGUUGGCGCAGGCAAGUGGGUAGUCAACCCAGGCGAUGGCGCUUUCUACGGUCCGAAGAUUGACAUCAUGAUCACAGAUGCGCUAAAGCGUCAGCACCAGUGCGCCACGGUGCAACUCGAUUUCCAGCUGCCGAUCCGUUUUAACCUAAAAUAUCGUACGGACGAUGCGGAAAAUUUUAAGCGCCCGGUGAUCAUUCACCGUGCCAUUUACGGGUCACUGGAGCGAUUUGUUGCUGUUUUGGUAGAACACUACGCCGGUAAGUUCCCAUUCUGGCUAUCGCCACGCCAGCUCCUCGUGGUCACGGUGGGCGCUGCCUUUAUCGAUUACGGUUACGAGGUUAAAGACGCAAUGUUUCGCGCCGGAUUCGAUGUGGAUAUCGAUGACACGGGCAAGACGUUAAACAAGAAGAUCCGUGAGGGGCAAAUGGCCCACUACAACUUCAUUCUGGUGGUAGGCGCACACGAGAAGGAGGCACGCUCAGUCAAUAUCCGUACCCGUGACAAUAAAGUGACAGGUACGAAGACGCUGGAGGAGGCCAUCGCCCUGUUCAAGAAUUUGGAGAUUACCAAGGCAGCUGAUGAGUAA